UCACUCCACCGCGACUCACCAUUAACCAACGUCACGCGACAAUCGUUCCGUAGUGCCAUUGUGCAGGUUAAUUGCGGACUGCUAUAUGGGACACACCCACUAUCUCAACUUCUCAGAACUCAUUGGUCAUUGGCUCUCAGCAGGCUAUUAGAGGAAGGUGUGCAUGAGCGACAUAAAUGUGCUCAGUUUUGGUAGACGUGCAUGUGUUGGAAGAAAGACACACAAGGGUGAGCGGCCGGGUGCUUGUUUGAAAAGCUCGGUGGAAGAUGGCAGAAAGAUGGCAUUCAAAUCUUGUGUUGCCGCUACUCCAUCUAGAAACUGGUGAUGUCGUUCUCAUGGCAACGGACUGAACACAAAUACCAGCGGUGCGCGCGGUGGCCGGUGCUGCUCGGGGACGGUGGAAGGACGGGAGAAUUUAGCUCAAGGAAAACACGAUGUCUUACAGAGAGCUAAGAAAUUGUGCAGAGAUGCUUCGCGCACUGGGGUUUAGACGCCUCAUCUCUGUUGAAAAUUUUCGAUCUCCAAAUUUUCCGCUGGUGGCCGAGAUCUUGACUUGGUUGGUUCACAGGUUUGAUCCUAAGGCUGAUCUUCCCACAGAUACUGACACAGAACAAGACAGAGUUAUUUUCGUCAGAUCUGUUGCUCAAUUUAUGGCAGGCAAGGCCCACGUUCGUCUGAACACAAAGCGGUUGUACCAGAGUGAUGGCUAUGCGGUGCAAGAGAUCCUCAAAGGCCUAGGCAUCUUGUAUGCUGCAAUCCAAAAUAACAGUGAGGGGCAAAGUGCUUUCGAGGAACACUCAGAAACCACCCUCAACUUUGAUGUCUCCAACAAGAUUUCUGAACUGAAGCAGAUUCGAUCCCUGGCAUCCGAGAUUACAAGCCGUGGUGCCACUUUGUAUGACUUGCUGCGAAGAGAAGUCGAUUUGAGGGAGACACGCACGACCAUCAUCAACAGGCAACUGGAAUUAGCAGAGGUUGAGGUGGGAAUGCAGGAAGCUAUUCGUGCUUGUGAUGACGAAGUUAAGCGUAACCAGGCAGCUAUUGAGAAUGUGGAUUCAGAUCAAGCCAGUCUGGAGUCAAAGAUUGAGAAGAAGAAGACAGGAUUAGAGCGAGGACAGAAGCGACUUCUCACCCUGAAGAAAGUUAGACCUGCAUUUAUGGACGAGUAUGAAAAACUAGAGCAGGAUCUGAAGCGGCAGUACGAGUUUUUCGUGCAAAAGUUCAUCAGCCUUUCGUACUUGGAAAACCAACUAGAUGACUAUGAUCGCCAUGAGCAAGAGAAAAUGGCAGAGAGAGAGACGGCUACAAUGAGGAUGCUUGAAAGAAUGAGGACAGAGGAAAACAGGCUGGGCAGUGCUGCUGAAGAUUCCGAUGACUCUGAGGAUGAUGAGGAUGAUGAUGAUGAUGACGAUGAAGAUGAAGAUGAAGAGUUGCUGAAGGACAUGAAAGAUAAGAUAACAGAGAAACAAGAUACCGGUAAAAAGAGCAUUGGAAAAGGAAGUCGCCGUAUGUUUGGCAACAUGACAGGUGUUGAUCUAGACUCUGAAUCCCUCGAUUCUGACACUGAUCUGAACCUGGAUGGAGUUGGCGACUCAGACCUUGACACAGCUGAACUAGAACUUGGGGGCGGCCAAGAGGCUGGAGCAAUGGAGGCAGCCAGAGGGGGGAUGGGAGUGGCUAUGGCAAAUGGAGGAACCAAGUUGAAAGGAUCGCGGAUAAGAGCAGCUGCUGCACCUCCUCCUGAUGAUGAUGACGACUUUUAAUAUGAUUAAGUAAAGAGCAGAAGGAAGUAAAAAUGGAUGAGAAUAGGAGUAAAGAAAGGUGGUGAUAAUAGAUUCUUUUCCCAUUUCCAUCCAAAGUUCCUUCUCCCUCGGCACUUAGCCACAUUAGCAGUCGUGCACUUACACAUUACAGGAAUGUGAGAAAACUGGAAUGUUAGUGUCAUUUUCAAGAUGUUAUUCUUCUUGAUUUGUGUCAUUAAAGAUGAUUACAUUUAUUCAUGAGAAGCAAAUAGUUUUGAUGCUCAAUCUUCAUUUUCCCAUCAAAGAAGCACAAUAUUUAUUCUGUUUAGCGUGACAUUCUGCAGUAGCAUUAGGAAUCAUACAUCUUUUUUUCUGGACACAAAUAACACCACGAUUAUUGAAAGUACAGAUCCAAGCCUAGUACUGGGUCAUGAUACACAACUAUUUGGGUUGCCACCUAUUUAUACAUCAUAGAGAACUGAGAACCAGACAGCAGAUAGAGUGCCUCGUCCUUAAAAACUCUGCUUUCGUGCUCACACCCUGCCUGGUCAAACUCUUUCGUCUCUGCUGUUCAACAUCAAUCUUUCACUCCUGCUGGAAGUAUGCCUACAUACAACCUGUGCCUACAUACUAAAGGUGACUACUCUGAUCCUUCAAACUACCACCUAUAGCUUUGCUUUCAUGUCUUUCUUAAGCAGAUGGCUACUAAAUUUUAACUAGACACUUCAUAUCUCAUCUCUUGCGAAAUCAGUUUUCAGUUUCCUCCACUAGUUUUCCCCCCUCGCAAUGUUAUCCAUAUACAGGGACUUCGUCUGCCCUCAUGAAUAUACAACUCGUGUGGGGCGGCUCCAUACAUAUAGCCCUUUUGAACAGUAAAAACAAUGACUUUUAAUCUCAUCAACUCCUCUCUUCACUCUGGGUCUUUUAAUUCUUAAAUGCUGCCACAAUGUUGCCUCUCUUUUACUGAUAACUUUAUGCUGAUGGCUCUUCUGAAUUUGCUAACAGCAUUCCCCCACCCCUGCUAUCACCCUGCUGCACAUAAAUUUUUACUCUUGCUCAUCCCUGUGCUAUCCAAAUUCCUUUGCAAGAGUUAACCAGCAUCUUCAUUCUUUUAUCCCUUUCAAUGGUUAACUCUGGAACAGCCUACCUUUGUCUGUAUUUCCUCUUGCCUAUGACUUGAACUUUCAAGAAGGGAGUGUUGAGACACCUCUCUAUCUGAAAUUGACCCUCUCUUCUGGCCACUCAAUUCUGGAUAGCACUGAGCAUUUCUUUGCUUUUUUGUUUUUGCCCUUGAGCUGCUUUCUUUGUUGUUGAAAAAGAAAAGACAAACUUUCCAGUACUAUGAAGAGGCUUGCAAAUGAGUCAUAAUGGUAAUAUUUUAAAUAAUAGUAAGUCACUGUACAAAGAAUAUGAAGAGCAUGUUAUUGCCUAUACACACACACACACACACACACACACACACACAAAAAAAAAAAAAAAAAAAAAAAAGAUCAUCAUUUCCACUAAUGUGAUUAUUUUAACUAUCAGCAUUUCCAAUCCUUCACAUACUACUACUACUACUACUACUACUAAUAAUAAUAAUAAUAAUUUUAGUAAUAAAAAUAAUGAUAAUAAUAGUUAUCAUUAUUAAAAUAUUACAUCAGUUAAACUUGGUUAUAUGUUCACAUAAAAUAAAAACACUAUUUAUCUUUGACUGUCACCAAGGUUUGAGGCUAAGUGAAAUAGAUAACUCACACUGAUCUAAUCAGAGUCUUGUAACACAUUUUAUGAUUAUAUAACUUAUGCAAAUACACAAUAAAAAAAAAAUUAAAAAAAAAAUAAUAAUAAUAAUUGUAUCCUGUAACUGACAAGACAAAGAAUGCAACAUAGUUUUUAAUUAUAAUGAAAAUGAGAAGGAUUUACUGGGAACAGAGGCUGAUUUAGAGGGUAAAUAGCAGAAAUAAUUAUCAUAGGUUUCUAAUAUUAGAACAAAUAUUUCAAAAUGUAAUUACAAAGCAUUAGGCUGGCUAAUGUUAUUUUCAGAUAGAGUUGGUUGAAAUGUAAUCUUUUCUCAGUCAUAGCACAUUUAGCAGUCAUAUUUGAUGAAGUGAUAAUAAGAAACUUAUGGAAAUUAUUCCAUUUGUAUAGGUUGGUUUCCAAUAAAAUAUGGUAAAGGAACAGGAGCAUAAAGGAAAUUCCUACAAAAGUUCAUUCUGGCACAUUUACCAACUGAGAAAGAUAAACCCCAAGAGCUGCUUGUGUUGUAAAGAGUGUUUAUGUCUCUCUGCAAAAUACUGUGAGAAAUUAAUUGGUUAGACUUAGAAAUUUCAGUAGCUAGGUAUAAUUUAAGAUCAUCAGCAAAUAAACAAAACUUACAAUUUAGUUCUGAAACAACAUGAUUAAUGUAAAUGAGAAAAAGCAAGGGACCAAUUACCGACCCUUGGGGAACACCACUGCUUACAUCUGCUCUAUAACUCUUACUACCAUGGACAACUACUUGCAUCUUUCUCCCACUCAAAUAGUCUUUCGGCCAUCCCAGCAAACACCCCCCAAUCCCAAUACUAGACAGCAUC